AUGCCUGUCCCUAUUCAGAUGAUUCAUAUCCACUAUCGUGGCAAAUUUCUCGACCUCCUCGAUUCGGACAACCACACGCCCCUCUACCGAGUCAAAGUCGGGACGCACUCGCCGCAAAUGCAAAUGUUCGGUGUCGACCACACGUGCACGUCAUCCAACGUUCUGAACUCAGAUGCCCUCCCUGUCUGCACGGCCGCCUUCAAGGCCGUCAGCCUGCAGGUCAAACUCAAAGUCCACGGGCAGGAGGUCAAGCUGGAGCGAGAAAGUCUCCUCACGAGGACCUACAACUUCUAUAGCUCCGUUGCCGGCGCGCAGCUGUCGUGGCAGAGUGAUGGAGCGCUGACCGGUGACUACCAGCUGAUCGCCCCUCACGGGGGUGUGGUUGCGCGCUUCCGAAACCGAUUGUUUUCCAACCGGGAGGUGGGCACGUUUGAGCUCGUGGGAGACCUGGAGGAUGGACUUCGCGACGAGGUGGUCAUUAGCGGGUUGGCGAUGCUGGCGAUGGUGCAGAGUCUGAAUCUGGCGGGCAUGGUCUUGGUGGGAGGAGGUGUAAACUGA